AUAUUCUGAUAUCAUGAAAUACACUUGAGUGUAAAUAUGACAAUAGUAGCAUACGUUAGUGCUGUAGUAAACAUUUCGUUUAAUUAUGUCUGAAAAUGUACUUGUUUAAAAAUUGUAAUGUAUUUUAUUGCUAAAAUUACCAUUCGCAAUCUUUCAAGUAAUUUAUAACUAAUAAUUUAUUUACCUGUGUUAUAAAAUUGUGCUUCAAUAUUAAAAUGCCUGGAGAAGACCCUAUAGAAAAAGCUAUUGGAAGCUUUGGUAAAUACCAGACAUGGAUAUUAUUCUUGAUACUUCUAGGCCGUUCCCCCACAGACUUCCAAUUGAAUAAUGUAGUUUUCAUAAUACCUAGUGUUGAUUACAAAUGCCUGGAUGAGGAAGCAGCUAAUAUGACGAACUACUGUCCAUGUCAAAAUCCUGACUACGACCGUAGUGCCAUCGUAAGUUCUGUCACCAGCGAAUGGAAUCUGAUAUGUGAAAAAAAAUACUUAGCGAGUCUAGCGCAAUCGAUGCUGCAAGUAGGAAUAUUAGCCGGUAGUUUGACUUAUGGAUAUAUAUCAGACAGAUAUGGACGCAAAAUUAGCACCCUAAUUGCAAUGUUCUCCAAUGCUCUCUUUAUUGCAAUAUCAGCUUUAGUAACUGAGUUUUGGAUUUUUAUGAUAUUUAGAUUUUUAAUCGGUACUGCAGUAGGUGGAACUAUGUUAUGUGGUUACAUACUGAUUAUUGAAUUAAGUGGAAAAUCCUUCAGACCGUAUUUAAUUGGCUUAUAUGAGAUAUCUUUCAUCGUUGGGUAUACCAUACUCCCUGUUAUAGCGUAUUUUAUAAGAGACUGGCGGAAACUUCAACUAAUAACGUCAGUGCCAUGGCUACUGGUCAUUAUAUACUACUGGCUAAUCCCAGAAUCACCUCGUUGGCUAAUUACAUUGGGCAGAAAAAAGGAGGCAGUGGAUAUACUUAUUUAUAUUGCUAAAAGGAACCAUCGCUCCACAGAGAAUAUAGAACUUAUGGUUGAUGAAAUAGAAAAGGAAUCGAUGCGAGAAACACAAAAGCACGGGACCUACUUAGAUUUAUUUAAGACACCUAAAAUUCGCAUCUAUACCGUUAUCACAGCAUUGGUGUGGAUGUUCUGUUCUCAUACCUUUUACGGAAUUAACCAAUACAUAGGACGAUUGGAAGGAAACAUUUACCUGAACGUAUUGCUAUCAGCUGUCUGCUUAGCCCCAGGUUUAUUUGUAGUUGUAUUGACUACUUUGUUUCUUGACAGAAAAGUUGCCGUCCUCUGUACUUUUAGUGUUGCCGGCAUUGCGUUAUUAAUAUUCAUAUUUGUUCCAACAUACAUGGAAUGGCUGACUUUAACAUUUGCCAUCAUAGGUCAGAUAGGUGCAUAUACAUCAUUUGUUCAAAUAUAUCUUUUCACUUCAGAAGUUUUUCCAACCGUAGUUAGAAAUUCUGCAAUGGGGUUUUCAUCUAUGUUUGGAAGGUUCGGUGGUUUUAUCGCACCGUUCGUUGUGAAUAUAGGUGUAGAAUGGGGAUCGAUUUUAGUUUUCAGCACGGUUGCUUUCAGUGCAGCAGUAUUGUGUUACUUUCUCCCGGAAACUAAAGACACAAUACUUUUAAAUUCAAUAGAGCAAACUGAAACAUCAAAGGUAAGAAGACCAAGUCGAGAGAGUAUCAUUGCUACAUAAUGUAUUUAUUUGAAAGACAAAAUUAGACGUUAAUUUUAUUACUUUUUAGUAUCUACUUAUCUUUAUAACACUGAAACUUUAUCUUUGGCAUUGCUGAGAAUUCACAUAAUGGUAAUAUAAAUAAUAUGA